AUGUGCACUGCCGGCGACGUCCUCGCCAGCCUCGAGCGCUGCGAUGGGUCUGCCGCCCCGGCUAGCUGUGCCGCCUGGACCGAUCAACGGGUCUGGCCCUCGGGCGCCGGCCUGCCCCUCAAGCCCGCAGACUGUGCCGCUCGGCUGAUGCAAGACUGGCUCUGCGCCCUGCCUACUGUCCCGGUGGGCCCCCUGCCACCGGUUCUGCGCGGAUAUGACAGCCUGCAGUUCGGCGACUUUGGCGAUACGCCGCCCACGAUCUCCAAAUUCCUCGCGCGUUGGGCUCUGAUGCUGUACGUCUCCUCCACAGCCGAGGUCCCCUACCGCUAUGUGCUGCCGACGUCGCGCGCUAGCUCGUGGGCUUGGCUCCCAGGCGGCCCGCACGCCGCCCGCCAGCGGGAGGCUGACUGGCUCGUUGCCGACGUCUGCGCCCGGCACGUGCCCAGCACUGAGGCUGGCGCGGCGGGCCUGGCGGAGGCGAUCAUGGCGCGGGCGCGCGGUGAGCCACCGGCUGGCCGCAGCCGCCGGGUCGCGGCUUCGGGCCGGGAGCCCUACCGCCGCCGGCUUCUUCGCGGGGGCGCGACGUGGGCGGGGCUCUGGUGGGCGGGGCUGCUGCAGGGGCGGGUGCUGACCGCGAUGGGGCCGCGCGCGGCCGCGCUGCGAGAGGCGGCGCUCGCACGCAUCGACGAGGUUGGCGGCGCGGCGGUCAGCAGCCGGCUGUUGCGGCCCCGCGACUGCUCGAUACGCGUCGGCCUCCACGUUCGACGCGGCGAUGCCUGCCAGCGGUGGGCGGCUCCGGCGGACGGCGCCGUCGAUCCCGAGGGCGACUGCGGCACCGCUGUCGGCAGGCCGUGCUACGCCACCUCGCACUACCUGCACGCGGUGCGGAGCCUAGCACGAGCGCACCAGGCGCGCAGCCGCUCCCACGCCGGCGGCGCUGCCUCGGCCAACGGCGAGGGUUGCGUCACGACCAUCCUCCUCGCAUCGGACUCCCCCUCGGUGGCGCUCGAGCUGGCGGCGGCAGCGGCGGCUUCUCGCGACUUGCGGCUGCUGUGGGUCAACAUCCGCCGGGGCGCUGACUGGGGCGGCACCGCAGAGCUGUCGAAUCUCGGGCUGGGUGCGGCCGCCGCCGAGGCAAACUUCAUCGAGCGGCGGAACUCGCGCGGCCUCCUCAACCGCAGCGCCGUCCUGGGCGCCGCCCUGGCCGACAUCUCCCUCCUCGCCACCGCGCACGCCUUUGUGGGCACCGCCGCCUCGUGGCUCUCGCGCCUCGCCCUUCUCUGCGUCAUCGGCCAGUCCGGGUCAGUGCCGCCGUUUGCGCUGGUCGACCGGCCGAUGGCCGAGCUGUGGCACACCACAAAAGGCGGCGCACUCUGCCCACCGCAUGGCGCCGCUCGUGCGCGCAGCGGGCCGCGGCAAUGA